AUGGAGUUAGACACUGGAUCGGCCUUAUCAGUCAUCUCAGCAGCUGAUUACCAGCGACUGUUCUCAAAAAUACCACUGCAAAGCACAUCAGUGAUAUUAAAGACCUAUACUGGUGAAAAAGUGUCUCCGAAAGGGAAAUUACCAGUAAUUGUGAAGUACAAAGAAAAUCAGCAGCAACUGAACUUGUAUGUGUUGGAAAAUGGAGGGCCUGCAUUGUUUGGACGUGAGUGGCUGAGGAAAAUACCUGUGGACUGGCACACAAUAAAAAACCUGGAUGUGUCCCAGCAAGUCAAUAACAAAGAGACACAAAAGACCCUAGUGCAAAUUUUAGAAAAUGCAGAACCUGUGUUUCAGAAAGGAAUAGGAACACUUAAGGGAAUAAAAGCAAAUCUGGAGUUGGAAGAAAACACUUCUCCAAAAUUCUUUAAAGCUCGCCCAGUCCCGUACGCAAUUCGUCCCAAGGUGGAGGCAGAGCUGGAAAAUUUGGAAAAAAUGGGAAUUCUGACAAGGGUUGAAUGGAGCGAAUGGGCAACACCCAUAGUCCCAGUGAUCAAAAAAGGGAAAGCAGGAGAUGUGCGUAUUUGCGGGGAUUUUAAAGUGACCAUUAAUCCAGCGCUUCAUGCAGUACAGUAUCCCCUGCCACGCAUUGAAGACAUUUUUGCAUCCUUGUCUGGUGGAGAACACUUCUCAAAAAUUGACCUAGCCCAAGCUUACCUCCAAAUGGAGAUGGAUGAGAAAUCCAAGAAAUUCUUGACCAUCAACACACAUAAAGGGCUCUAUCAGUACAACCGUCUUGUUUUUGGAAUUGCCUCAGCCCCUGCUUUGUGGCAGAGAGCGAUGGACCAGGUGUUGCAGGGUAUCCCGGGAACGCAGUGUUACCUGGAUGAUAUCAUUGUAACGGGGAAGGAUGAUUCAGAUCACCUCCAAAACUUGCAACGGGUGCUGAUGAGAUUGUGUGAGUAUGGACUAAGAGCCAACAAAGAAAAAUGUGAGUUCUUUAAGUCUCAGAUUUCUUACUGUGGUCAUGUGAUAGACAAAGAUGGUCUACACAAGUCACAAGACAAAAUUGAAGCUGUGCUAAAGGCGCCACACCCACAAAAUGUGUCUCAACUGCGAUCAUAUCUCGGACUUGUGAACUAUUACCACAAAUUUCUUCCAAACCUCUCCACUGUACUACAUCCUUUGAAUGCAUUGUUGCAAACAAAGACACAGUGGAAAUGGUCGGACAGCUGUGAACAAGCUUUCCAAGAGACCAAAAGGCUCAUAACUUCUGAUGUAGUGCUGACACACUUCAACCCAUCUAUGCCUAUCAGACUGGCGUGCGAUGCAUCACCAUAUGGAAUUGGCGCAGUGCUGUCACACAAGUUUCCAGAUGGCACUGAAAAACCGAUAGCCUUCGCAUCUAGAUCACUAACGACAGCAGAACGUAACUAUGCACAAAUAGACCGUGAAGCACUUAGUCUCGUGUGGGGUGUAAAAAAAUUCCACCAUUAUCUGUAUGGUCAAAGUUGA